AUGCCUGGUUAUAAGGCUUUCAAAGAUCAUCUAACAGUCAUGUUAGGAGGCAAUGUUUCUGGGUAUAAAUUGAAACCCCUCUUGAAUUAUCGCUCUGAAAACCCUAGAGCCUUCAAGAAUAUCAGCAAGGCUACUUUACCAGUCCAUUAUCGCGCUAAUAAGAAAGCCUGGCUGACGCUUGCACUUUUUGAAGAUUGGUUCAUGAACUGCUUCAUCCCUGAAGUCAAGUCAUAUUUUCUGGAGAAAGGAAUUCCUUUCCAAAUUUUGUUUAUUUUGGACAAUGCUCCAGGUCACCCUCAAUACCUAAAUUACCUAAAUUCUGACGUGAAAGUGGUGUUUCUGCCUCCCAACACCACAUCUAUUCUCCAACCCAUGGAUCAGGGGGCCAUAGCCGCUUUCAAAGCAUAUUAUCUUCGCAACUCAUUUGCAAAGGCAGUAACUGCCACAGAAUGCGAAAACGGCAAAACAUUACCUGAAUUUUGGAAGGACUACAACAUUCUGCAUUGCAUAAGGAACAUUGCUGCAGGGUGGGAAGAAGUCACUCCACAAUGUAUGAAUGGCAUAUGGAAGAAAAUCCUAAAAAGAUUUGUGAACUGUUUCGAAGGCUUUGAAAAAGAAAAGGAACUGGAAGACAUUUCUAAUAACAUUGUACAGCUGGCGAAAGAAGUGGAUCUGGAAAUGGAUAAUGAAGACAUACACCAACUGGUUGAGGAUGUUGGGGAUGAGCUGAGCAAUGAAGAUUUAAUGCAGCUCGAGGUGGAGAGGGUAGCAGAGGAAGAGAGACUAACAGCCCAAGAAGAAGAGGAAGCAGCCCCCAAAAACUUUGUGAUGAAAGAAAUAGCUGCAGCUUUCAGCAAAAUAAAUGAAGGAAUGCAAAUGUUUGAAAAAAUGGACCCUAAUGUUGCGAAAUUCGCAAAGGUGGAUUGUUUAAUUCAGGAUGCCCUGGAUUGCUAUCAAAUGUUUGAAAAAAUGGACCCUAAUGUUGCGAGAUUCUCAAAGGGCGUGGCUGUGGAGGAGGAUGACAAUGAGGAGGGAGUGGCUAGCACAGACACCUUGCCUGCUAGCCAGGAGGACUGCCUGUCCCUGGUGCCUGUCCCCCCUUCCCAGGAUGUCACCCAGGGCUUGGACAAAGCCGGGGAAGGACCAUCAGAUCGGCACAAUACUUUUCCAGUCUUUCAUGACUUUUCAGAAAUAAUCACUGAUGGCUGA